AUGGCCCUCCUGUCGCGGCCCUCUCUCCGUGGCUCUGUGCGACGGGCCCCCGAAGAACCCACCGACGCACCAGCACCAAAGAAGCAACGCAUGGAGAGCCCUUCCGACCGUCGCAAAAGCUCUCCAGACUGUCUAGACACUACAACGGUGGAAGAACCCGUCAAACGUUCCCUGAAACCCCAAUCGCGAUCGCGAACUCGCCGUCGCGCCUCCUCCUCUUCCAUUGACGUCGCCUCACCCGCGGGGCAAUUGGCGACACCGACGACCAGAACAAAUGGAACUGCAAACGGGAUCAAGACUACUCGCGCACGUCGCGACCCUACUACGCCCUCCUCCAAUUUCUUUGACAUUCAAGAGUCGCCCGACCCGCUAGACACGAUCUCUCCUGCACCUUCGGUCGCUUCGAAGCAGCGCACCGUCACACCUGCAAUUGCGGAUGAUGUUAACCCCCUUGGUUCGCCGGUGCCGCGCACAACCCGUCGCACCGAUAAUCGCAGGGAGGUGAACUCCGAAGGCGCAUUGGAUGCGACUGUGACCCCAGCACCGUCGGAUCACAAAGACGCGACUGAUGAACAGACCGAGGAGAAGAGGUCUGAACGACGGUCGCUUCGCUCAACUGACACCGGGUUGCGGUGCAAGAGCGAAUUGGCACAGUAUUUCCAUAAUUACGAACAGAUCAUUAGCCUGGAGGAUCCAGAACCAGAGUUCCUCGCAGCCAAAACAACUCUCACGAUCAUUGACGACCUAUCCCAACCCAUCCCAAUACCCAAACCAGACCCUACGCCAUUCGGAAAUCCUCUAUUAAACCUGUAUGGCUGCACGAAGCUCUCCCUCCCUCCUCUCCCAACCCCAGACCCAAACACAACACCCGCAGACCCCCUCAACGAAGCGACGUAUUUCCGUGCGCACCGCAAAUUUGAGCGUCAAGAGAAGCAACUGCGCAACAUCGAGCGCAACCGUGCUCAGCACGAACAACAAGUCCUAGAACGACUCCUGGACGAGCUCCGCGGCCAUGACUGGCUACGCGUAAUGGGCCUGCCCAGCGUCCACGAAACAGAAAAGAAACUAUAUGAACCAAAGCGGGAAAUCCUAGUGCAGGAACUCGUCACUCUAGUGAACAAAUUCCAAGCCUGGAAGGACGAGGAACGACGAAGGAAACUAGAAAAAGAGAAAGAGAAACCAGACGAAGCAGAUGCAGGUUUACGAAAACGAUCCCGCCUGGACGAUGAUAGUUCGCCUGCUCCGGCUGAUUUGCAAAGCACCCCUGAUCCAAAUGACGUUGAUGCAUUGGCAGCGCGACAAUUGCAUCAGGAGGCUAGGUCAGCAGGGGCUGCGAAAUCGAAGAACCGCAAGUCUACUUCGAAGACGGUCUCGACCGAAGAGGAAUCGAAAUCAAGUCCCAAGCGCAAGAAAGUAAACCCUACACAACCCCCAGCUCCGGCGCCCACCCCUACCCCGGCUUCAGCUUCAGCUCCAGCUCCAGCCCCAGCUCCAACAAAAAAUCUCAAACAAGCAUCCCUCUCCCUCUUCUGGGCCCCUGCUCCACGCGAAGGGCCGUUCACAUCAUUCUUUCGCCAGCGACAUGUGCGGGACGCAGCGAUUGCCGCGACGAAAGGGAUUCGACGCGGUGGAUCUAGAUCUGCUCUUGCGUUUGGCCAUCCGGUUCCCGAGGUUGAUGAGGGGGAUUUUGAGGUGCCCGGGGAGAUUUUGACGGAGGAGGCUAUUUUGCAGUCGCAGAGGAAGAGGCGGCGAUUGAGGAGGAAGAGUUUGGGGUGA